GAGGCACGAGACGUUUCGCUGUCGAUAAAUAUUCGGACAAAGUACUCAACGCAAUGCCAAGCAAGAGCAAAACUACGUUUGAAAGUAAAAGGAGAGCGUGUACAAAGGAAGAAGCGACUGUUGAUGGUUUGCUUCCAGAGCUUCCAAGCAAACCUCCAGGACUGUUUGGUUUAUUUGUGUCAGAUAAUUAUUCCAAAGUUCAAGGCGAUGUUGCUUCAGGAAAAAGUCCCACUGAAAUUUUGACACAUUUGUCCAUGAAAUGGAAGACUCUUUCGAGUGCUGAAAAAGCGGAAUUAAAAUAUAGACACGACGUUUUGAAAGAGGAAUACAAACGGGAAGUCAUGAAUUUGUGGAAAGGACUGAACACCGAGAGGCGAGUUCUUCUGGAGAAAUUACAAGGUCCAAAAUUACGACAACUCGCAAAUGCAAGGCAAGAACUCCUAGGAUACCCAAAGAAGCCUCCAUCUUCCUUUCUGCUUUUCGUGCAGAAAAACACAGAUAUUGUGAACGCUUCGUCUGUGAUUGAGCGUACGAAGAAAUUGAGUGAAAAAUGGAAGGAAAUGUCGGCCGAUGAAAAGGAGGUAUUCUUUAUGGAAAGCCUAAAAGCGAACGAACAAUACCUCCACGACGUGGUUAAAUGGAAAGAAAAGCACCCUGAUGCCGCAUCAAAAGAGAAUAUCUAGUUAUAAUGUUUUAUUGUGCUGUACUGUGAGUGAACUGAACACCUAUCGCAGUAAUCUUUCCUCUAUUUUGAUUGUUUUAGAAGCUGAACCUGACAUUCGAAUUCAUAAUUUAUCAGCUGUAUGAAGAGGUUCCGCCGGAGGAUUUUUGUAUAGCAAACUUUUUAUUGAGCAUAAUUCAAACGUCCUUGCGUGUAGUGUCCAUAGCAUAUUUGAUAAUUUGUUAAUAUUUUAAAGGUUGAGUAGAAGGCAACUUUCGGCUAACUUUAUUUUAGGCAUGUUCCUCUUGAAAAUAUAGAAUAUGUACACUGCAGGCAUGUUAACUAUCAACAUCCUGAAGGUUAUA